GGCGCGGGGGCGUGGCUUUUCUCAAGCAUGCGCGUUGAAGCCUUGCUGCUCCCCCACCCCACCCCCGUCCCCAUCCCCGAGCCUCGGAGGCUGGCGGGCUCAGUUUGCGGCUCUCCUUGGGUGACGGCCCGGCCCGACCAGCGGCGGCGGGACAGAAUUCAAGAGAAAUCCACGCACUCAAUUGACUAGUACUCUCUGCCGCCAUGGGGGAGCUUUUCCGGAGUGAGGAGAUGACACUGGCCCAGCUUUUUCUACAGUCUGAAGCUGCUUAUUGUUGCGUCAGUGAAUUAGGAGAACUCGGAAAGGUUCAGUUUCGUGAUUUGAAUCCAGAUAUGAAUGUUUUUCAGAGGAAAUUUGUGAAUGAAGUUAGAAGAUGUGAAGAAAUGGAUCGGAAGCUUCGAUUUGUGGAAAAAGAGAUAAGAAAAGCCAAUAUACCAAUUAUGGACACUGGUGAAAACCCAGAGGUGCCCUUCCCCCGAGACAUGAUUGACUUAGAGGCCAAUUUUGAGAAGAUUGAAAAUGAACUCAAGGAAAUCAACACAAACCAGGAAGCUCUGAAGAGAAACUUCCUGGAACUGACUGAAUUAAAAUUUAUACUUCGCAAAACUCAACAGUUUUUUGAUGAGGCUGAAUUGCAUCAUCAGCAGAUGGCGGAUCCAGACCUGUUGGAAGAAUCCUCCUCCCUCUUGGAGCCGAGUGAGAUGGGAAGAGGCACGCCCUUGAGACUCGGCUUCGUGGCUGGCGUGAUUAACCGAGAACGCAUCCCUACUUUUGAGCGUAUGCUUUGGCGGGUGUGCCGGGGGAAUGUGUUCCUGCGACAGGCUGAUAUCGAGAACCCCCUGGAGGAUCCUGUGACUGGUGACUACGUGCACAAGUCUGUGUUCAUCAUAUUCUUCCAAGGUGAUCAGCUGAAAAACAGAGUCAAGAAAAUAUGUGAAGGGUUCCGCGCCUCACUAUAUCCCUGUCCAGAGACACCACAGGAGAGGAAAGAAAUGGCUUCUGGAGUUAACACCAGGAUUGACGACCUCCAAAUGGUUCUGAAUCAAACGGAGGAUCACCGCCAAAGGGUUCUGCAGGCCGCUGCUAAGAGCAUUCGUGUGUGGUUCAUCAAGGUACGGAAGAUGAAGGCCAUCUACCACACUCUGAACCUGUGCAACAUAGACGUGACCCAGAAGUGUCUGAUUGCCGAAGUCUGGUGUCCUGUCACUGACCUAGACUCCAUCCAGUUUGCACUCAGAAGGGGCACGGAGCACAGUGGUUCUACCGUGCCCUCCAUUUUGAACAGGAUGCAAACAAACCAGACUCCCCCAACCUACAACAAAACAAACAAGUUCACAAAUGGCUUUCAGAAUAUAGUGGAUGCUUAUGGAAUUGGAACCUACAGAGAGAUAAAUCCAGCGCCAUAUACAAUUAUCACUUUUCCUUUCCUAUUUGCUGUGAUGUUUGGGGACUUUGGCCACGGCAUUUUGAUGACCCUUUUUGCUGUCUGGAUGGUGUUAAGGGAGAGUCGCAUCCUCUCCCAGAAAAAUGAGAAUGAGAUGUUUAGCACUGUAUUCAGUGGUCGGUACAUUAUUCUGCUGAUGGGUGUUUUCUCCACCUAUACUGGUCUCAUCUACAAUGACUGCUUUUCCAAAUCUCUCAAUAUCUUUGGGUCAUCCUGGAGCGUUCGACCUAUGUUUACGGUAGCUAAUUGGACGGAAGAGACGCUCCGAGGGAGCCCUGUUCUCCAGCUAGACCCAGCCAUCCGUGGAGUUUUUGGUGGACCUUACCCUUUUGGCAUUGAUCCAAUUUGGAAUAUUGCCACCAAUAAACUCACCUUCCUCAACUCCUUCAAGAUGAAGAUGUCUGUUAUUCUUGGUAUCAUUCAUAUGAUGUUUGGAGUAAGCCUGAGCUUUUUCAACCAUAUGUAUUUUAAGAAGCCCCUCAAUAUCUAUUUUGGCUUUAUUCCGGAAAUGAUCUUCAUGACUUCUCUGUUUGGCUACUUGGUUAUCCUUAUUUUUUUCAAGUGGACAGCCUAUGAUGUUCAUUUGUCCAAGGAUGCACCAAGCCUUCUGAUCCAUUUUAUAAAUAUGUUUCUCUUCUCCUAUGAGGACACUGGCGUUCCUAUGUUGUAUUCUGGACAGAAAGGAAUUCAAUGUUUUCUGGUAGUGGUUGCGCUACUGUGUGUACCUUGGAUGCUGCUAUGUAAACCACUGAUCCUUCGCCAUCAGUAUUUGAGGAGGAAGCAUAUGGAAGGGCAACCCGUGGAAGCCCCAGUCAGCCCAACCCCGAGCCAACAGGCACUAGAAGUAGAGGCAGCAGCGGCUGCAACAGGGACUCUCAACUUUGGUGGGAUCAGGGUGGGCAACGGACCGACAGAGGAGGAUGCUGAGAUUAUUCAGCAUGACCAGCUCUCCACCCAUUCAGAGGACGCGGAAGAGCCUCCCGAGGACGAAGUGUUUGAUUUUGGAGACACCAUGGUCCACCAGGCUAUCCACACCAUUGAGUACUGCCUGGGCUGCAUCUCCAACACCGCCUCCUACCUGCGCCUCUGGGCCCUGAGCCUGGCUCAUGCCCAACUGUCCGAGGUGCUUUGGACCAUGGUGAUCCACAUCGGCCUGAGUAUGAAGAGCUUGGCAGGCAGCCUGGCUCUGUUCUUCAUCUUCACUGCCUUUGCCACUCUGACCGUGGCCAUCCUCCUGAUCAUGGAGGGCCUCUCUGCCUUCCUGCAUGCACUGCGGCUCCACUGGGUCGAGUUCCAGAAUAAAUUCUACAGCGGGACCGGUUUUAAGUUCUUGCCUUUCUCCUUCGAGCACAUUCUAGAAGGGAAGUUCGACGAGUGAGCCGGCCACCUCCCCGUCCACAGUGAUCACUGUGGGUUGUGACUCCUGGGUGUCAGGACCACCCUGUCACCCCGACACCCCUUUCGCGCCGCUGUGAGUCGUUGUUAGCUAGCUCUGGUCCUCCCUGUCCUCCGCAUUGUGUGUAGUGCCGUGACUCUAGAGGGCAGUGGGGCUUGGAUUGUCCCCAUCUUUUCCCUACGCCCUAUAGGCACCAGCCUCGCCCUCCCUGCCCCUCUGGGUGAAGCUGCUGGAGCCCCUUCACACCCUCGAAAAGACUGUGCCCAGGCCUUUGCCCUUCUGGU